AUGUUAUCACCUGAAUACGAUGAAUUAGCAAAAUUAGUUAUACAAAAAAAAAAACGUGAAAAAGUAGAAAGCUCAAAAGCAAUAACAAAAUAUCGUGUACUUGAUUCAAAUUAUGGAACAUCUCUUGUUGAAUGUCAACCAGUAACUGGUGUUAAGCAUCAAAUACGUACACAUCUCGCAUUUGCUACUGGAUGUCCAAUUUUAGGUGAUCAUAAAUAUUCACAUUAUGCAAAAUUAGUUCCACAAAAAUUAGACUUAGUAACAUUGAAAAAAUUGAGUGUACGUCAGGCUAAAGUUCGAACUAUACCAAUGUGUUUACAUUCAUAUGGUGUUGCUAUACCAGGAUUUUUAAAUAAUCAACAAAACAUCUUUAUUCGUGCUAGAAUACCGUACCAUUUUCGACAUUUUUUGCAACAUUUAAAACUGAGAAUGUGA